GGAAAAGUAAAGCGGAAAUUAAACCUGCCGGAAUUUGACAAGAUAUAUUUUAUAUAUCCCAACGGCGUUAUAUUCAAUAAGCAGAAUAUAAUUAUUGUUACAAAAUGAAGAGGAUAGAUUUUGUACACGGAGUUCUUUGUUUAUCUAUCAUUAUCCUGUCUCCGUUUGUUUUUAAUAUCUAUGGAUAUUUGGACGAAGUUACUUGCAAUCACGUCACCCAUGAAAAUUCAUUCUAUGGAGAAACAACAGUACCCGUGUGUGCUUACAGAAUAUACAGAUUUUAUUUAAUUUAUGUAUAUGCGAUUUUAUUCCAUAUAGUUGUUGCAUUAGUUUCGGAUGCCAAUGAUAUAUAUAAACGUGUUUCAAGACUUCAGAUAGGGUGUUACCGUCCUCACUUGAUAUACCACACCAUGGUCUGCCUAAUCCCAGCCGUUGUAAGAUAUGUUAAUAUGAACGGUGAGAUACAGGAUGACGUUAUGUUACAAAUGGAGUGGGAAAAACUUUACAAAAUUAUUUCAUCAGUGGUACGUUUUAUUUUCGGUUUUGUGAUAUCUGUAGUUCGAAAAUACAAAAUAUGGAGGUCAUUUUUGUAUUUGUUAAUCACAAUUGUUCAUGCUUUAAUGUUUUUCCACUUUCUGUGUAUGUUCUUCUCGUCCUGCAAGGAUCUGCUAGACUUCAUUAAAGAAAACAAUGGAAAUUUCUUUUCGACCUGGUCUUACAACGAUCAUACAGAAUUACCAAUUAAUGAUCUGAAAAUAAGUAAGAUAAACAAGAUCCAUAGUUUUUUAUAUCUAGAUCAGGAUUUGUUUCUUAAUACAGGAGAGAUGGUGUAUCAAAGCAGAAAUCAACAACAAUAUCAAUAUAAAGAUGAAAGAGGAUUAACACUUCCAUAUUACCGCAAUGUGCCUUUUAUAAGUACAGGAGAAAGUGUCCGUUUGUCAUGUGCUGCUGCAACGAAUGCGGCCGACCAACAUGACCAAAUACGUGUUUUUUGGACUUUAGAGGGGAGAAAUGUAGCUUCGAUCCGUAGUCAAAACAAAAUAACAACAGACGUCAAGAGCAUUCGAACCAAUUGGAUAUCAGUAGAAAGUACCCUUAACAUUGAUGCCAUUAAAAACUCGGAAUUUGGGGAUUAUAGCUGUUCCUUUCAUAUGGUGGAGUCUUCCAGUGGGACGGUUUAUUUUCAGAACAAGAAAGCUAGUGAAUUUAUUCUAGUCGUCGAAUAUCUGAUUGGCCAGUACAGCGUAAGGAAAUAUAAGGGACAAAUUUUCUUCUUGUAUUUGUCACCGGGUAGUGUUGUUGAAUUACAAUGGAGGCCAAUGUCGUUUAACACUGAAAGCAAUGACUUAGCACAGUACUAUUACAUCAAUGGAGUUCCUCACUCGGGAGAAAACAGUACAUGCUCUCCGUUUUCCUAUCUCUACUUUCUUUACGGAAAAGCGAUGAAUUGGUUUUUCAUUCCUGACUUCCCUUCACCUUCACAUUAUUUUCUGUACGGUCAUGGUUCUUAUGAAACAAAAUUUAUUCAAUGCGCAGGUCCUUGGUUCUUUGGAGUUCAUAGAGUUGAAUAUAUACGUCGAAUUUACGACGAAAAAUCUCGAUCGUAUAUCUUUAUGAAAGUAAAUCAUCCUGACACUCUGAUUGUUUUACCUGAUCUGCCUUAUUUCCUCAAGAUGGACAACACAACAAAGGCGGACAAAGAGAAGAUCAUACGGAAAAUUCAAGAAUUCAACAUGGAAUAUAUAUGGUUUGAGAACUCCCAUACAGGAAUACUAGCAGUGCGUCUUGUCACUGAAGUCUUAAUCCUCCUUUUUAUAAUUAUUUUUCUUGGAUAUGUGUCAUAUAAAAUGUUUCAUUUAUACAAGCGCUUUGUAAUUAAACCAAUUAGAAAAAUCUCUUUAGGAAGUCCAAUACUGGACAAGUCAGAUAGCGAUUAUGUAGAAUAUACAUGUACCAAGGAAUACUCAUGCUACGUAGUUUCUGGUGACAGCGAUAAAGAAGUAGUCUACAAUACUCUCGUUCUUCCUUUGAGAGAGAAAAAUAUCACGACAGGAUUCAUUUUCGAGGAAUGUAGUAUAAACAAAAGUGGUAAAUCUGAAUUUGACAUUCAAAGCGACAUUAUCAAAAAAUGUGAAAACUUGAUUUUUUUCGUAACAUCUUCAUAUUUAAAAGAAGAACCAUUUCUAGACAUUCACCUCAACACUGUUCUAAAGUGUAUUCAGAUGGAGAAUAUCUCUCCCAACAGUGUGUUGGUUCGUGUGAAUUACCCGAUAAAUUACAAUAUAACUUACCGGAGGCAGUUGUACACGAUUAGUUAAAAAGUACCGAUCAUAAAGAACGACUGGAUCUAAUACUCAAGUGGAUUAAAAAGAAAAAGAUGAUGACGCCUCGUGAGGUAGUGGUGUCGACCGUUUUUCUUGGAUAAAGCAGAAUGAUGUAUAAUCAACGAGGUUUUUUGUUUUUGGAAAAUAUCGAAAGUUAUUCAUGGAGGAGGCACGUUUUGGUGCCAACGUAAUAAUUGGGGUAUUUUUUUUUUAUAAUAUGUUAUUCUCAAUUGGCUUAAUCGGGUAUCUCUAGUGAAGGAGCCACUUUGUCUCAGUUCACCUGG